AUGGCAACGGCAGGAGUAUCAGGCACCGUCUACACAUCAGCUCAACUCAAUGGUCACUCCUACGAAGACGACCAACCAUCAGAAGAUACCAACAUCACUGGAUAUGACCCACUUCUUCCACCACAAAUCAUUCAACUCGAACAUCCAUUGACCAAACAAGGUGCCAAAACGGUCGCUCUAGGCAGAAAACAAGCAACUGCAAUCAUCAAGGGUGAAGACGAUCGCUUACUGGUCAUUGUGGGGCCAUGCUCAAUUCACGACGUGGAAACUGCCAAAGUCUAUGCUGCAAGGUUAAAAGAAGUCGCUGACAAGUUGAAGGACCAUCUAUGUAUCGUUAUGCGUGCCUACUUUGAAAAACCACGAACAACUGUCGGUUGGAAGGGUCUCAUCAACGAUCCACAACUGGACGGAAGUUUCCACAUCAACAAGGGUCUACGAAUCGCUCGACAAUUAUUAUGUGAUCUGACAGACUCUGGAAUCCCUGUCGGCUGUGAACUUCUGGAUACCAUCUCUCCUCAAUUCUUGGCCGAUUGCAUUUCUUGGGGUGCCAUUGGUGCUCGUACAACUGAAUCUCAGCUUCAUCGUGAAUUGGCUAGUGGUGUCUCCUUCCCUGUUGGUUUCAAGAACGGCACUGAUGGAAACGUCGACAUUGCGAUAGAUGCAAUUCACGCUGCUUCUCAUCCUCAUCACUUCUUGGGUGUGACAAAGCAAGGUCUAGCUGCCAUCGCCAACACCAAGGGUAAUGAUACAUGUCAUAUCAUUCUCCGUGGUGGCAAGGCUGGUCCUAACUAUGAGAAGAAAUACAUUGAUGAAACUGUACACUACUUGACAAAAUCAAAUCUCCCAGCUCGUAUCAUGGUCGAUGCUUCUCACGGCAACUCUUCGAAGAAGCACAAAAAUCAAAUACUUGUUUGUGAAGACUUGUGUCGUCAAUUACAAGCAGGAGACCCAUCUAUUGUUGGAGUGAUGAUUGAAUCAAAUAUCAACGAAGGAAACCAAAAAAUGCCAAACGAUCCAAAAGACUUGAAGUACGGAAUUAGUAUUACUGAUGCUUGUAUCCAUUUCGAUGAUACCGUCAUUGUCUUGGAACAACUUGCUGAAGCUCAAGCUGCACGAAGGCGAGUUACUCAACCAGAGCAUUCAAAUAUGCAAUGA